AUAAGUAAUUAUUUUGCUUACUCUAUGGUGCCUCUGGCUGCUAUGAAAUCAGUUUUUCUCAGUUAUAGUUCAGAAACCACAGAACGUGUCUUUCCCUAGGGGGGAUGUUCUGUGGUGUCCAGGGCAUGAGAUAAACAAAAACAUGUCAGCAAACCUCCCAGUUUGGAAAACCGAGCGAAAUGUGGACUCGAGGAAGCUCGAAUUUAAUUGGGUUGCCACCGUGGAUCACCCUCUAAAAAAUGUCGUUGUUACAGAAAGGAUUCCCCGCAGAGUUUUGGGCUCCGCCCCCAGCACAGGGCGCAGCACGCCAAUAUCAGCCGCCGCCAAUAUUUCUGAGCCCCUGGCUCUUGCCCUGAAGAAACUCGACCCCUUAACGGAGUUCGCUAUGCGCGAGGAGCUGGACCCUUUAUCGAAAAUAGCCGCAGAAAUGGAUGCUGUUGAUAGCUUAUCGGCUAAGAAAGAACCCAGUAAAAAGGCCGACGAAAAACGCGACAAAACUGACUCUUGGACAAGCAGGAAGAGUGGCAUUUUGCAAAAGUAUACCACUUCAGAAAAGCUUUCAAUGGUUACUAGUUUUCUGUUGGAGGGAGAGAAAGUUGUAGUUAGAGCGCAAAGCACCAAAGUGGACAAAGUGCAGCAUCGGCUAGAGCAACUGGAUAGUUUCGAAGAAGGUCCACAGAGAAAGCUCGAUCUAUCGCAGGCGGAAUAUUUGCUGAAAAUUCAACAGCUCAACAAGGAGCUGGUGCAGGCUUGGAAUAUGCAGCAAAGAGUGAAAGCCCUAAAGAUCGCAAUCCAAUGUGCAAAAAUGUUGGCCGAUUCGGACGUUUUACCCUUUUACCCCAGCAAGUUUGUGUUGGUUACCGAUAUUUUGGAUUGCUUUGGAAAGCUGGUUUAUGAAAGGCUGCGUGCGAAGGCGGUUUAUUACAAGCCUGGAGGUAAAACCCCGGUAGCUCUGCCUGAGGACUUUACGCCCGACAUGGUGCCUGAUAGCGCCAAAGAGACUUGCUUAAAUUGGUUUUUCAAGAUUGCCUCCAUCAGGGAACUAGUGCCAAGGCUGUAUGUUGAGAUGGCUCUGCUAAAGUCCUACUAUUUUAUAUCGGCAAAUGAAUGCCCCGAGGCACUAUUCAGGCUGACUGAGAUGAUUUUGGGCAUUGGAAACCCUUUGGUGGCAAUAUACGCGCGCUGUUACCUUUGCAGGGUCGGGCUAAACGUUAUGACCAGACACUCCGAGACCGGUUAUCUGAAAAGAAAUUUUGAGUGCUUCUUGGAAACGUACCAGCACUUAUUUGGCAGAAGCGCCACGGGCGAUUUAAGCAGGCAAAACCUCAGCAUUCCCAUUUACAUGACCCUCUACACUCCUGCUCUAGAUUAUAUAAUGGAGGCGGUAGUUCAGCAUUCUCCUGAAAGUGUUUUGUCGGAGCUUUUGGAGGAGUGCAAGCGCUACAGCAACAGUUCGUUGAUUUUAAAUACCAUCAUGUCGGGCUUUAAGCCCACGUACAUUGCCCAGAGGACUCUUCAGUUUUUGUGCAUGAUCGGACAGUGCACAGAUGAUGGAAUUCCGCUGCACUCGCUUUUAAGAACACUGGGACUGUGCGUCAGCAUCUGCCCACCGCCUGCAGAGCAACGAAAACCAGCCCUAAACGCCGUUUGGAGCAACAUUGCUCAGCUGAAAAAACCGUCCGAGUAUAUGAGUUGUGUGGAAAUUUGGGUGCAGUUUAUCGCCCGCAAUUUUUCGACUCGGGAAGUAAACACCGUGCUGGGCGAUGUGCUCGACCAUAUGGUUCCUAACCGAUGCUCGGAAAAGUUCCCUAUGCAGCUAAAGGCGAUAGUCAGACACAUUGUAGCGGAAAUUACCGAUUUCGAAGCGCUUCUUUCAAUGGACAAUUUUCUGCCGUUGAUCGACUUGUUUCACGACGAAUCCACCAAAGUGGAAGUUUGCAAGCUGAUAUUAACUUCCAACUUAGUGGAGCAGAAGACAAACGAUCUGGUAACAAUCAACGCGCUGAUGUAUUUGGGCGGCAUUUUGCAUGACUGCGUUAACGCUCUGACUCCUGAGGACGAGCAUCGGCAAAUCGGGGACAUUUUGUGCAACAUUGUCAAUCUGGUGGAUUAUGGGCGCGAUUUCGAGCAGCAAUUGCAGUUUUACGUGGAAGCCCGCGGCUCUUUUGCCAGUUUUGACGCUGUUUUGGCUCAGCUGGUCCAGCGCGUGAAUUUAUUGGCUGUUAAUACUCGGCUAGUGGUUAAGGGGCUUCAUACAAGGAAAACCGGGGAUUUUGUGCGUGCGUGUGCCGCUUACUGUUUCAUCACCAUUCCUUCCAUUGAUUCCACGAAAGUGCGAUUAAGCCUGUAUUUGCUUUCUGGGCAAGUGGCGCUUAGCAAUCACUGUCUCGGGCAAGCUGAUGCGUGCUUUAGAGCCAUCCUCUCUGUAAUAUCCGAGUUGACGCCGUCUGCUGACACCGAAGCAUGUCUGCUCCCAUUUGUGCGGCAAUUUCUCGCAGUUCUGCUGGUGGUGCCAGACAAUCCAGACAGGGGAAUUCUGAGCGUUUCCAAGAAGCUGCUCAAUGUGCUGAAGAAUUUCGGCUGGAGCUCCGCCAAUUUGUGUUCAAUCUACAUCAACGUUAUCGACUUGCUGGCUGUAAUGGCGCAAGAGGUCUAUCCAUAUCACAUAGAUCGAGUUGAGUCCAACGACGCUCUAUGGGGCUCCGAGCCGGGAUUUAUCGAGGAAACUGAGAAUAUGAUCGCAAUUAUCAUCGGCGAGAUCCUCAGCUUGCUUAAGGAACUGNGGCCUUCCAGGAAACAAUUCUUUUAAAAUUGGGCCUUCAAGUUUUUUGUUUUUAUCGCAGCGCAGGAGUUAGGCGCAAAACAAUCUCAGGGAAUAAAAAAUAAAAAAAAACAGUUAAAAGAUGGAAAAAGUGCAGCUGUUUGCAUCAAAUAGAUCUCAAAAUUUAAAAAAAUCUAUAACAAUCUGUAUUUCGAUAACAAUGAUUCCAUUCCAAGCGCAAAUAAAAGUAGUAUUUAUUUAGCUUUGCAGUAAAGUUAGGCCUGGGUAACGCUGUGUUGAGUUGCGCUAUUGAGUUAUAACUCAUUGGUUAAUGAGCUGUAAGUCAUUUAUUAAAGCUCUAUGAGACCCGAGACUAGAAUUAUCACAUCUAAAAAAAGACCGUUUUUUUCUGAGCAACGUUCUACUGCUUUGUUCAAACAACUAAAAAAAGUCAUCUAGAUUUUUCCCACCAACAGAACCCAAGUCCAAAGAAAGUCGACGAGUUUUCAUGUAAAAUCGAUCUCUUAAUUUUUUUGCAUGAAAGAAUCAGUUUGCGAGUAUUUUACAGUAAACGUAAGGAAAAAUCCCAGACUGUUUGUUGGGUAUUUCGCCUCAAAAAAUGUUUGUCU